CCAGUCUACAACAAGCUUUCAAGAUGGCGAUGGGAAGAAAAGGAAACGUUCGGCUUCCGCCAGAGGUGAACAGAAUUCUGUACAUCAGAAAUCUCCCAUACAAGAUCACAGCCGAGGAAAUGUAUGAUAUAUUUGGCAAGUAUGGAGCCAUUCGACAGAUAAGAGUUGGGAACACUCCAGACUCAAAGGGUACAGCGUUUGUAGUGUAUGAGGACAUCUUUGAUGCGAAGAAUGCCUGUGAUCAUCUCUCUGGUUUCAAUGUGUGUAAUCGUUACCUGGUUGUUCUCUACUACCAGUCAAAUAAGGCGUUCAAGAAGCUAGACUCUGACAAGAAGAAGGAAGAGUUGGACAAGAUGAAACAGAAGUAUGGCCUGAGUACGCCGGAUAUUCACGCCUCCAAACCCAAGACGUAACUCGGCGGGCCGAUCAAGAAUCACAUAUAACUUUUGUAAAUUGUAAAAUAGGGUCAAGAACUUAUCUUUUUAUCAAUAUUUGUGUUAAUUACUGACUCACUUACUGAGCUAAAAAGAAAUGGGAGGCGGUGUAUCAAUGUUCUAAUGUGUUGUAUGCACAUUGCUGUUGCUUGUAUUAGUGAUAUCCAGAUUCCUUCAUUUUCCAUCUGAUGAUCAUGCCACUUGUAGUUUUAACCUUGAUUGAUCUUUAUAGAGAUUAUGUCAUUGCCAUGUGGAUUUUUGUCUUUAGAAUGGUAUAGUGAAAGCAGUUUUAUUUUCAUGAACACAAUAAUAUUAUGUGACUUGAAGUUAAAUUCAUCACACACAAAGGUAAACCUAAUAAAAAGUAUGUUUGCUUUUUAUAUUUUUUUAAUAAUUUAUUCAUACUCAUGAUUGUUUUCCUUAUUUAAACAUCAGGAUUGAAAAGGUCUGCAAACUUUUGAACACUUAGAACGUGUUGUAAAACAAUUAUCCCUGAAGUGAAUCUCUAAUAAGAAUGUUAAAAGGCUUAAACAACAAGAUGUUUUCGCUGUGGACCGUCAAUGUGUAUCUUAAGAAUCAUAAUGUUAAUUGUUGUAUGCCAAAUUUCACAAAUUCAUAUAUUGAUUCAUGACUUUGUCUAAUUUGUUAUGUUAUGACUUGUCAUCAUGUGUAAAUAAACUCACUUCAAACAUGUCAACAA